GAUACUUGUCCUGCGUCCCUACGCACUCCUGCUUACGCAACGACCGUUGAAGAACGCGCGAACCGGUCACCUGUCACCCAGACGUCACCAGAAGUUUCAGGAAACGGCCAUAGCACGGCGGCAUCGUCGUCGUCUCUGACGGAGGAGAUCCGCGUACUCGCACUUCUCGUUCUCUUCUCUCUCUCUUGCUUCCUUUUUUAUAUCUCCCUAAAAUCCUCAAUCAAUCAAUUGGCCAGUCGAUCGAUCUUCAGAGGACCAAAAAAUCGUUAUGCAUAUGCGUUGGCGUGUGAGGUCUGGGGUUUUGAUUCUGUUUCUGUUGUGUUCGUUGUUUCUUGGCUGGUUUCCAGGAUUCAUAUCAGCUGCAACUGUUACACUUGAUUCUAUUGAAAUUUUUAAGACCCAUGAGUUGCUAUCAUCCGAACCAACAGUUUACUUUCACUGUAAAGGGGAGAACAAGACAGUUCUGCCAGAUGUGAAGAAAAAACAUGCCUUAUAUGCUUUCAAGGGUGAAGAGUCUUGGCAGCCUCUAACCAAACUUCCAGAUAUGAAAUGCAAGCGAUGUGGGUUCUAUGAGGAGGACAGAAUAAAAUCAGACGAUGUAUUUGAUGAGUGGGAGUUUUGUGCUUCUGAUUUUACGACCCCUGAUGGAAAAUAUAUCCAUUUCAAGGAUAAGGAACUCAAUGCUACAUUCUUUUGUCCGGAGUGUGUGCCUCUUGGAAGUGAUCAUACGUCUGGCCCAAAUAAUGGAGGAGGGGGAAUGCACUGGGCUCUUGUGGUAGUGAUCAGUGCUUUAGUUUCAACUGUCUUUGUUCUUGGAGCGGUGACUGCAUACAAGUAUUGGCAGAGGAGGAAAAGGGAACAAGAGCAGGCACGAUUUCUAAGACUUUUUGAAGAUGUUGAUGACAUGGAGGAUGAAUUAGGUAUUGGGCCUCUUAGCAAUGUAAUUUGACAGAUUCCAUGUUUUGUUUUGCCUCUUUUCUUUUUCCUUUAAACAUCUUAACCCAAAACCAGUUGUAUAGCAAUUUGCUUGUGGAUUUCUUUUUGAGUGAAAAAAAGUAAUACAUGGUGAAAAGCGUCUAUGGUUCUGUGCAAUUGAGCAUGGUGAUUAUGUAUGGGCACUAUGUU